AUGCCUCAGCACUACGAGUACGAGGAAUACGUGAGAACCCGGAGGGAGUCUCCUCGCAGGGACCGUGAUCACUCACCAGAGUAUCGUUCUGGCGGCGGCAGCGCUCGGCAGCGUGAAGACAAUCCCCGCGGCUCCAAUAAUACAUUUGUUCGCGAGGUCAUGACCCUGGAGCAUCCUCAGGAUUCUCGUCCUCGCUCGGUCCCGCCACUGGACCCCCAUCAAAUGGCCCGCCGCCGCUCCCCUUCGCCUGAUCUAUACUACCAGUCACGGUCCCCAUCCCGUGCUCCAAGUGGCCGUCGCCAUCGUAGAGACUCCUCCUCCUCGCAGGUCUCGCGCCGCCGGGACCGCUCAGAGAGUCCCAUGACCCGCGCCAAGUCUACCAUCGACGACAGUUUUACACGAUCCACCACCGGUAUUGGCGCUAGUAUUCUGGGCGCCGUUGCGGGUGGCUUGGCCGCCCGACAAGCUGGUGAAGUCCUUGCUCGUCGUUCGCGGGAGAAGGAGGGUGGCCGUCGUCGGAGUGAUGCUGAGAAAGAUGACCGCAUUCGCCUUGCCUCGACCAUCAUUGGUGCUGCCAUUGGCGGGUUGGGUGCCAAUGCCAUUGCCAACCGAUAUGAGGAUUCUCGCGAGCGUGGCCGCAGCCAUCAAGAUCCCUGGGAGGACCGCUGGGGCUCUCGCGAAGCGCUGCCACCCUAUGAGUCUGCUGGUCGCGAUGACCCUCGAAGCAGCCGCAGGGGCCUCCCCGAACCUGAAUAUGAAGAUGACCACGUCUAUGAUAGGCGGCGGGGCUAUGACGAUGAUCCACGUCGCGAUGAUGCUCGAUCAGUGGACUCCCGAUCACGGUACGACGAUGUCCCGCGCCGUGAUACUGGCCGACCGAUGGAUCCUCAACCACGAUACGACGAUUCCAGACGUUUUGAUGACGGCUAUGAGACUAGACGCUACGAUGACCGAUACUAG